AUGGCUUUGAAGGACGUCACUCUUUCUGGUGCUGCUGCAUUGUUCCUCGUUUCUUCGUUGAUAUCGUUCGCUGCGGCUGAUACCUGUUCGACCGUGGCGAGCCUGAGCAACUUGAACAUCAAGCGCAACCCAGAGCUCGAGUACACGACUGAGCAGACGAACUACUGGUCGACGGGCUGCGGAGCGUUGAAGCCGUCGUGCAUACUCUACCCCUCGACGUCGGGGGGCCAUAACCCGAACGCCGGGUUCGCUAGCAUCGACGGUGGGCCGCUGAUAUCAACGAAGUACUUGAACGAAGUGUCGCUCGACAGGGCGUCGAUGACGGUGCGUGUUGGGCCGGGAAACGACUGGGAGGAUAUCCAUAAAGUGCUGGAUGGCACUGGCGUGGAUGUCGUGGGUGGCAGGAUUGGGGAAGUUGGUGUUGGGGGUUACGUUAUAGGGGGUGGGUUGUCGUUUCUGUCCACACAGUAUGGAUGGGCUGCGAACAACAUCGUUGAGUUUGAGGUCGUCCUGGCGAAUGCGACUAUCGUCACGGCGUCGGAGACCGAGCAUUCGGAUCUGUUCAAGGCGCUCAAGGGCGGCGGCAACAACUAUGGCAUAGUGACCAACUUCAGGAUGGUUGCUCAUCCGAUCGGUCAGGUUUGGGGCGGCAAUCUGGUCUUCCCUGGAACAAAGUCGCCUGAGAUGCUCGAGGCGGUUCGCAACUUUACCGCGAACCAUCCGGAAAAGGCUGGGAUCAUCAUGACAGCAGAACUGACAGCCCUAGGCGCCGUGGACAUAUGGAUCAUGUUUCUUUUCUGGGACGGACCGACGCCGCCUGAAGGCACUUUCGACCUGUUCACCAACAUUGGGCCCAUCUCCAACGACUGCAAGACUCGCAGCUACUACGACCUGCUGAGCCACAACGACUUCGCCGUGGUCAAGGGCUCCAUCUACACCAUCACGACCGAAACGCUACCUCUGCCAGACAGCACUGUGGCGGCCGACGUGCUUGGAGCCAUCCACAGCAACUGGCGAAACGUGACGCAAUCCGUGAUCGGAACCUCUGGCCUUAUCGGAUCGAUCGCCUACCAACCGCUGCCGAGGGGGCUCGCGCGGAAGGCACGCGAGGCCGGGGGUGACAUGCUCGACCUGGACGACGACGUCGACAGACUGCUGAUCGAGUUCAACUACUCAUACUGGCUGGCCUCGGACGACGCCAAGAUGGACGCGGCUACACGGGGGCUGUACGAGGGCACGAGGGAGGUGGUCGAGCGGCACACGCAGAAUGGAGACCUCCCGGAUGCAUACGUGCCGCUAUUCAUGAACGAUGCCUAUUUCCGACAGGAUUAUUUUGGACGACUGAGGACUGCGGAUUUCGCGAGGAUGGUAAGGGAGGCUUACGACCCGGAGGAUUUCUUCAAGGAGAGGACCAAGGGCUGGAAGAUGUAG